UUUGGCUACUGGGGUAACAAAGGUGCCGUGUCUGUACGCUUUUCCUUCUACGGUCACAUGAUCUGCUUCCUCAACUGCCACCUUGCAGCUCACAUGCACAACGCCCUUCAACGCGUUGAUGAGUUUGAGUACAUUCUGGAAACUCAAGACUUUGACAUAUUUGACACUCCUCAUGUUCUGGACCACAAGGUGGUUUUCUGGUUUGGUGAUCUGAACUUCCGUAUCCAGGACCAUGGUUUGCAUUUUGUCCGCUCAUCCAUCAACGGUGGGCGCCUCAAUUUGCUGUGGAGUAAGGAUCAGCUCAUUAUGAUGAAGAAAAAGGAACCCUUUCUGCAGGAGUUUGAUGAAGGGCCGCUGAAUUUUAAACCCACCUACAAAUUUGACCGUAAAGCUGACACAUAUGAUAUCAGUUCUGUGAAGACAUGGUUGGGUUUUAAUGGCAAGAAGAGGAAGCCAGCCUGGACGGAUCGGAUCCUCUGGCGGAUCAAACCCAAAAGUCUCCCAUCAGAAGAGGAUGAUGAUGGCGAUGAGAAGGCAUCGACUUCCACUGAUAAUGAGCACGACGAGUAUCCGAUCCUGAUCACCCAGAACGCAUACACCAGUGUGAUGAGCUACGGAGUGAGUGACCACAAGCCGGUCAUUGGAAACUUCACUCUUGAGCUGAGGAAAUAUUUCGACACACAACUGGUACAAGUGGCACCAGAGGGCGAAUGGAGCGCAGACCAAAAUGCAGUUUUGACCUACACUGUCCAAGAGGACUUUAUGUCUUCCACAUGGGACUGGAUUGGCCUCUACAAGGUGGGAUUCAAGAGUGCCUCUGACUACGAAACCUUUGUUUGGGUCAGAGAAAAUGAACUUCCGGAGGUGAACGAGGUCAUAGAGAGAUCAGUGGAUAAAGAUGAGAUCCCUCUGCUAAGCGGAGAGUAUGUUUUGGGUUACUACAGCACAAACCUGAACAGCAUCGUUGGCCUUAGUGACACCUUUAAAAUCCUGGAGUCAAAGCGUGCUGCUAUGGAAGGACUUGUACCCAAAGACAUCAAUGGGAUCAACAAUUAGAAGCAAUCCCCACAGCGUGCCAUUUUAUUCUAUGUCUUGACUGUGAUUUAACCUUCAAACUGCCCAGUCUCUUGAUUUGAUGGUUGGAAAACAAAACAAAAAACGUGUAUUUGUUGUUUACCUAAAGAUUCAUUCUUCUAAAGCUGGAUUUUUGGUCAAGAAAAAAUAUAUAAUAAAAAUUGAACACACUUUAAUGAAUGACAAUCAGAUGUUUUGCUGGUCCUUUUAGGCUUCUAGGAGAAACAUAAAUAAAUACAUUAAUGAACUUGGUGAACUUCAAAGCUUAAGUAAGAUCAUUGCUGUGGACAUGUUCUGGCUCAGUUCAAUAACUGUUGGAAACGAGUUAUUUUGGUCUAAAUCCAUGGUCUCUCAUGUUUAUACAAAUCAUGAUUUUAAAGCGGUAUAGUCAUUUUUUUUUUAUAAUUUGUACACCAGCGCCUCAC